CAAUUUGUAAACAAGAAUGGCUGCAAGAACGAGCAUAACGGUGUUGACAAGGUUGUCAAAAUGUGUGAAUCUCCAGUCACAGAGCUUAUCAAGGGUCGGCAGACUGGUAUUAGCUUGCCCCAGCCGCACCCUGACAGAUCUGCGAGCCCCGCCAGGGAUUGAAGAACCUCCCAUCCCAGCCUAUGAAGCCAGGUUGAAUGAGAAAAUAGGUGUGAAGAGAGCUCGUCUCCUGUACCAAAGUAGGAAAAGAGGGAUGACAGAGAAUGGGUUAUUGUUGAGUACAUUUGCUGCCAAAUUCUUAGAUGGAUUUAGUGAAGAGGAGUUGAAUGUAUAUGAUAAAUUAAUAAACCAACCUUCCAAUGACUGGGAGAUAUACUACUGGGUUACAGGUGCUAAACCAACCCCUUUGGAGUUUGAAUCUGAUGUGAUGUCCCUCCUAAAAGAUCAUGCCAAAAAUGCCAACAAGGACUGUCGAUCAACGCAGCCAGAUUUAUACUGAAGAUUCCAUGAUUAAACUUGACCAUGGACAAUGAUAGUCAACAACCAUCUCUAAGUUUUUAACGUUUGUGUACUCAAAACUAUGGCAGAGCCAAGAUUGUACCCAAGUAUUGCUGGGGAAUAUCCUUCAUUUGGCAGGAUUCUCAGUACCCUGUGAUA